UUCGUAAAGUGUGUGUAUAGAUGCCUUGGUGGACCUUCCCGUCUGUUAAAUGAUGCCUGCCACUUCUGAGCUUUAUGCCUGUGUAUGGGAGUACAGGGUGUAUUAAUUAUUCAGAAGGAAAAUAACAGAAAUAGCUGUAUUAUUUUCUCUCAUCUCGGCGUGAUCAAUUCAGCGGGUUUGGUGAAAAUUGUGACACAAAUUGAGAAAUUUCAGAAAGACUGGUAUUGUCUGGAACAUCUCUAAAUGUAUUAAUCACCUUCGUUUGGCAUGGAUACACUUCCGGCGCUUCCCAGACGAAAGAUGGCGGAAUGUUGCCAGCAUGGAAACCGAUUAGGAUGUAGAGGGUGAGUCGUUUGAACGCCCGAGCAGUUAGUGGACAGUUCGUAGAGUCCUUGAGGGCUGGUGACAAGAGGCUGGGUCACAAUGGAUGAUAUCUCUGGGAUCGUUGGUGUUACGAAUAACACUGACGUGAGUAUAUGUGGGAAUGAAACCUUCUAUAACAAUACAAAUGGGACGUGCAAUGAGACAUUGGACUCGCCUGUGUAUGAACUUCCCCAUUCUCUAUGGUUGACUAUAUUACUAGGAACGGCAGCGUCAAUAGUGAUAGUAGUGACAGUGCUAGGGAAUAUACUCGUGCUUCUCUCGUUUUUCCUCGAGAGAUCAAUACGUCAACCAACAAACUACUUCAUCGCUUCAUUAGCCAUGUCGGAUCUUCUAAUUGGGACGUUUUCCAUGCCGUGCUUUACCUUGUAUUUGCUACUUGGACGUUGGCCUUUAGGGGAAAUUAUUUGCGAUUUAUGGCUUUCACUAGAUUGGACAGUUUGUCUCGCUUCCCAAUACACAGUUUUCUUUAUCACCGCCGAUAGAUUUUGCAGUGUCACGAUUCCCGCAAAAUACCGCAAUUGGAGGACUGAUCGUAAAGUCCGGGUAAUGAUUGCCCUGUCAUGGAUAAUACCAUCUGUUGUGUUCUUCACUUCCAUUAUCGGAUGGCAAUUUUUCGUCGGGAAGAGGACGGUUGCAGAGAACGAAUGCGAAGUGCAGUUUAUGAGCGAUCCUACGUUCAUAUUUCUGUUGACCAUAGGUUACUUUUGGUCGACACUGUUUGUCAUGAUAACUCUUUAUGUUGGAAUUUACCGUGUUGCCUUGAAGCUUCAGCGCAAAUCUAAUGAAAAGCAUAAAAAAAUGCAAAACGCCAUGGACUUGUCAAAGGGAAAGAGCAAAUCCGGUGGUGCUAAGUCCAAGGAUAGUAGAAAACGAAUCGAGAACAACAAUGCAAGGUAUCUAAGGGGUGCCAAUGAAAACAAUACUCUUACCACCAGUUUUUCAAAACACUCAGACAACGAGUACUCGAAGCCUUCGGAAGAAGACAGAAGUUCCAGUCCUGCAUUUGCAUCGGACGAUGAGGAGAACAGCAGUGGCGAGAUUGAGACCCAAAAGACAAGUUGUUACGUUAAUAGUGCCGUACAAACUGAACCAACCAUAAGAGGAAUGAUGGGCUCAACAGUCAAUCACAUGUCUAAACUCGCAUUCUCGCUGUCUGGUACAAGCGUGAGUGCUUCACAGGUCUCACAGAGCUCUGCUGAAAAGGAUUCAUCCGAUGAACACCCUUCCCAAAAUCAGCACGGUGACAAUGAUCAAAUUAAGCCAUUGUUGUCUAAAAAGGUCUCUAAUACUUUUAAGCCUAUAGAUUCGGAUUCCGUUGACAAGCCGUCAGAUGGUAUUACUUCAAAAAUUCAGGAUGAUGAAAAUAAAAUUACUAAUUCGGCUGCAGCGUUAAUGGAUAGUGAUAUUUUGGACGGAAUACGUUACAUUGAUGAAGACAGUUUAAAGUCUUUGACAUCAGCAGAUAAUAUGAAAUUAUUAGCUGAAAUUAAAGACAUGCCACUUAGUCCAUCUCGGAAAAAUGAACCAGAUUCGCCAGUCUGGCGAAAACGUGCACUUGAAGAUGAUAAAUCUUUGCUUGUACCCAACUCGGGCGACUCGGCAAGCUCCGAGGCUCUAUCUUCAGUUAUAGACACGGGGUAUGCGAACAAGACCGCCAACGAUAGGCAGUGCAAUAGUAAGGCAACAGAAAACAGCCGGCCGCAUCACAGACAUAGGAAACAUGACCAUAAGAAAAACAAUCUCAGAGUGCCGCAUAAAAGUGAUAGUAAUGACAAAAAAUCAAAAGACAAACGACCGUAUGGAAGUCCUCUCCAGUCCUUGGUAAGGUCUUUACGGCCGUCGGCAAAUAAAAAAGGAAACAAAAAUAAAACAAAAUCAAAAUCUGAAAAUCGAGCUCGUAAAGCAUUGAGGACGAUCUCAAUCAUUCUGGGUGCUUAUGUGUUAUGCUGGACACCCUAUCACGUGAUGGUGUUUAUUAUUGGGAUAUGUAAAAGCUGGGACUGUAUAAAUAUACAGUUCUACUAUUUCACAUACUGGCUGUGUUACUUAAACAGUCCAAUUAAUCCCUUUUGCUAUGCCUUUGCGAAUGCCCAGUUUAAAAGAACAUUCAUUAGAAUACUUAAAUUAGACUUUCAUAGAACCUGAUACAUGUACAUUGUCGUUACUAGUCUAAUUGUUGUGCACAGUUAAUAUUGUAUGUAAUGGUCAGUGUAAAUGUACAUAUGAAAUAUAAUCACGUAUGUUUAUAUAAACAUAUAUUGUGGUUCAUUUGUAUGUGGAACGUACAAUGUAUAUUUCUUCAAAUACCAUUUUGAUUCCGAAAAUAAGUAUUCAUUUUGUAAGUAGGAUUAUCAAAGCGUUAAUGAACGUUGUACUAUUUGUCAUACCAUGGACGAAUGUGAGUUAUAGAAACACAAGAUAUAAAGUCAAAUUGAUAUUCGGAUCCUCAAAGAUAAAUUGAUUUUGUUUAUGCACAAAAGUAAUCAAAUACCCUCUUAACUAAUGUUUUGGCAUUCAAUAUUCAUAUGUUUAACAAUCUACUAGAAAUAUUUGCAUUUUUUUUUAAAUUUCGUUCACAAUGAUCUAUAAACAUGUAUUCCGAAACUUUUGUUGAGUUUGUUUCUUUAAAUCUGAAUAGAUCUCUUCCGAACGUCACUUCACAUAUUUGUAUGUUAAUAAACAUGAAAAGUGGA